ACUGAACUUCUGUGCUGUGUAAUCUUUCCUGUUUCGGGAGCCGAGCCGAACCCCGGUGCUAUCGUGUUGAAUCGGCAUACUGAUAGCGUACCUUAAGAACUUUGCUCGAUGCACGUGCAUUAGUGAUUUGUUUUUGCAGAUGCAUACGACGACGACCCAUCAUGUAUUUAUCUAGCUGACGCUUCGAAUUAGCGUUAGGCUACAUACAUACAGCAAGACCCCACAGAAAACUUCCCAAUGAAGAACGUCAUAGGCUAAGCUAAUUUACUAAAAUCUGUCAGAUUGCACCAUUACUUAACUCCAGAACAGCAAUGUCGGGAUAGACAAUACAACUAAAUACAACAAAACAGUGUAAUCUACUUGUGAACUAGGCCAGCCUACUUUAUGUCCACAUUCAGAAGGUAGGAGUAUGGUAUCGUCACAACAGAUAUCGCUAUAUUUUCAAAUUGGACACAUUGGUUAAUAGAGCAAUCACCCAUCUCCUGCAGUCGAGUGGUAGUUUUGCUCACUGGCGGAGGUUCAUCACUUCUUGGAAAUGACAUUGGGAAAACCGCUCCUCAAGCUGCUCAGUCAAAUCUGCUACUUCGCUCCCAACACAGACAUUUCUGGAUGCCAGUAGUGGUGAAGAUGAAGGUGACCACAAUGAUGACGAUGGCUGUGACGUUGAUGACGAGGAUCAAGAUUUAGCUACUGCAGCCACCGCCGCCCCAGAUGAUGAUGAUGAACCCUAGACGUUGACUCUCGUCUCAAAUCUCCCCUCACCCCUCACCUCCUGCUCCCUCCUCCCUACCCUUUUUGUCCCCGUCCCUGACCGCUGUGGCUCGACACCAUGAUGCGCUUUCUGUCUCUGAAGUUUAGUCGCCUGUACCGCUGUAGCAAGUUCCUGCUGGUGGCGGGCCUGUUUGUGAUCGUGCUGAUGAACACGCACAGCCUGCUGGCCUCCUUCCAGCGGAACGAGCUCACCGACCGGCGAUUUGUUGGCCUCAACAAGUGCCCGGCCUGCUUCGGCACCAGCUGGUGCCGCAAGUUCAUGAACGGCCAAGUGUCCUUCGAGACGUGGGGUCGCCUUCGCUUCCUGGACUUCUUCAAUGUCAAGAACGUCUACUUUGCCCAGUACGGCGAGCCCCGGGAGGGCACCCGCCGGGUCGUGCUCAAGCGCCUCGGCUCCAACCAGGAGCUGGCCGACAUUGACCAGAAGAUCUGCAAGCGGGCCACGGGCCGCCCCCGCUGUGACCUCAUCCAGUCCAUGUACAAGACCGAGUUUGCACGGCUCAACGGUGACGUGCGGCUCCUCACCCCCGAGGUGGUGGAGGGCUGGUCCGACCUGGUGCACUGUCCGUCCCAGAGAUUGCUUGACCGGGUGGUGAGGCGCUACGCCGAGACCAAGGACUCCGGAAGCUUCCUUCUGAAGAACCUGAAGGACACAGAGCGGAUGCAGCUGCUCAUGACGUUAGCUUUCAACCCAGAGCCUCUAGUGCUGCAGAGUUUCCCAUCUGACGAGGGCUGGCCCUUCGCCAAGUACCUGGGUGCGUGCGGGCGGAUGGUGGCGGAGAACUACGUGGGCGAGGAGCUCUGGAGCUUCUACAAUGCCCCGUGGGAGAAGCGCCUAGACCUGGCCAAGCAGCUCAUGGACAUCGCCGAGCAGCUCACCAACAACGACUUCGACUUUGCACUCUACCUGCUGGACGUCAGCUUCGACAACUUUGCUGUGGGCCCGCGAGAUGGAAAAGUCAUAGUGGUGGAUGCGGAGAAUGUCAUCGUGGCUGACAAGAGACUCAUCAAGCAAAAUAAACCAGAGAAUUACGACGUCUGGUAUGAAAGUCGCGCUGAAGAAUGCGACAAAGAGACCUGCCUCUCCUUCUCCAAGGACAUCCUGUGUUCACGGGUCACCGUGGACCACAACUACUACGCCGUGUGCCAGAACCUGCUCUCGCGCCACGCCACCUGGCGAGGGGCCACGGGCGGCCUCCUACACGACCCCCCGGCCGACGUGGUCAGCAGCGGGGUCCUGGAAGCCCUGCUGGACGAGUGCGCCAAACCCACCAGACAGUACGGCCGCUUCCAGGCCGCCAAGGACCUCCGCGAUUACCUCACGCAGCACACACAGCCCAGCAACAGUGGGCUGAGGUAGU